ACUACGAACAACACAAAAUAAUGGUGAUCCCUUUCGGCUUCUUAGAGGUCAUUCUCGCAACUCUAUGCUAUUUCUGUUUCUCUUUUUUCCGGCAGCGCCAUGCAAUACUUUACGAUUGGCCUUUCCUUGGUAUGCUUCCAGCCUUGCUUGGUGGAACCGGUAUAAUCCAUCAGCGUUGUGCUGAUAUUUUACGUGAAAGCCAAGGCACAUUCUUAUUCAAAGGUCCAUGGUUCAUCCAUAUGGACAUGUUAGCAACCGUUGAUCCAACAAACGUUCAUUAUAUCAUGAGCUCUAACUUCUUGAACUUCCCUAAAGGUAAUGAAUUUAGGGAGAUUUUUGAAGUUCUUGGAGACGGGAUUUUCAAUUCUGAUAACGAGUUGUGGAGGAGUCAUCGUAAAGUGACUAACGCACUGAUCAACAAUCAAAAGUUUCUUGGAUUCUUAGCCAGGAUGAAUACUCAAAAACUCAUUGAUGGCUUAACUCCCGUCCUCAAUUAUGUGGCAGUAAAAGCGAUUGCUGUUGAUAUGCAAGAUGUGUUUCAAAGGUAUACUUUUGACACUAGUUGCCUUUUUGUAACUGGAUAUGAUCCUGGUUGUUUAUCUAUCGAUUUCAAAGACGUCCCGUUCUCAAGAGCAAUGGAUGAAGUGGAAGAAGUCAUAUUUUCACGUCAUGUCAUUCCAAACAGCGUGUGGAAACUACAAAGGUGGCUAGGAAUUGGGAAUGAAAAGAAACUAAAGAAGGCUUGGGAAACGUUAGACGAUGUUAUUGGGAGUCUGAUUUUGAGAAAAAGAAACGACCUAAGUACUAACGCGGGGGUCGUUUCACAAGAUGAUUUGAAAGGAGUCGACAUAUUGACUUCUUUAAUCACUGAGAGUGAUCAUCAUCAAUCUCUUGAUGAUGGCAAACAACAAGUCAACAAUAAAUUCUUAAGAGACACGAUCUUAAACUUGAUGAUCGCAGGGAGGGACACGACAAGCUCAUCGUUGACAUGGUUCCUUUGGCUAGUUAUGACCAACCCUCAUGUGGAGAAAAGGAUUCGAGACGAAAUAAAUGAAUUGAUACCUGAGUCUGAAGUCGGAAAAUGGCGAAUAUUCCAAGCUGAAGAAACAAACAAGCUGGUUUAUUUACAUGCUGUUUUUUGUGAAGCUUUAAGGCUGUAUCCGCCUGUUCCUUUCCAACAUAAAGCUCCAGUUAAAUCAGACGUUCUUCCAAGUGGUCAUCGCGUUGAUUCAAAAAUGAAGAUAUUGUUUUCGUUGUACGCUAUGGGAAGAAUGGAAAGCAUUUGGGGUGAAGAUUGCAUGGAAUUCAAGCCAGAAAGGUGGUUAACCGACAAAUUGACAAUAAGACAUGAGCCAUCGUAUAAGUUUUUGUCAUUUAAUGCAGGACCAAGGACAUGCAUAGGGAAACAAGUCGCCUUUACUCAAAUAAAGGCCAUAGGUGCAACACUAUUUCACAACUACAGUUUUGAAAUGGCAAAAGGUCAUAUUGUGGCUCCUAAUGUUUCAAUCAUUCUCUAUAUGAAACAUGGCUUGAAGGUCAGGGUUGCACGAAGAUGGCUGUAA